AUGGUCCUCCGAAUCCGUCUAGCCCGGUUCGGCACGAAACGAAAACCAAUUUACAACAUCGUCCUCGCGCAGGCAAAAUCUGGGCGCGACAAAAAACCCAUGGAGGUACUGGGGACGUACAACCCGAUUCCGCAAGCACCGCUGGCAAUUCCGGAUACACCAGAGCUUCUGGAGAGUGGAGAGAAAUACGUCCCGAAGAAAAUGAAGGAUAUACAAUUAGAUACGGUGAGGACGAGGUAUUGGCUUGGGCUUGGGGCGCAGCCGACAGAGCCUGUGGGCAAGUUGCUGAGAUUGGUGAGUCAUGUUCCGUCCUCGUCGAUUUUGCUUGGGAAGCACGGCCAUUGUGGAUGGAAUAGGACGAUUUGA